AACAACAAUCAAGCAAGCUUCCGGUUUCUCAUUCUUAGUAGAGAAUUCACCAGCAUGUUCUUGUGAGCGUAAAAUCGCACAAUCAGCAAGUUUAUGUAUAAUAGAUUUACGUGUACACUAGGUACAUUUUAUUAUUUUGUUUGUCACGGAAUAAGAGCACUGAAAGAGCUAUUACUGACAUUGAUACACCACUUUAUUUGGCCAUUACACUGCGGACAACUUCCAAUACGGUAACGACUGAUUUAGCUAGCUAGCUAAUAUAUGAAUGAAAUGAAGAAGUAUUAUAUUGGACUUCGAAUGCACGUGUUUUUUCUAGAAUAUUACAGUGGAGAUAGCUAUUGUUUUACUCCCUGGAAAGUGUUUCAUUCAUGCCCUUUUCACUGUUGUUUUGUUGAAAGUUCAUAUACGUUAUUCAACAAUGUAUUGAACAGCUGCAGUCAAUAUGCGAAUGUUUUGUGUAUUUUGUCCAACAGGGUUAUUAUGAGCGAAGGAGAGGUAUUCCAUGAGAAGCAGCGACUGGAGUUGUGCGCUAUUCAUGCUCUGAACAACGUGCUGCAGGAGCAAGUGUUCACAAAGGAGGCGGCAGAUGACAUCUGCAAGCGGUGAGGUCACUUGGGUCAGGCGAUGUGUGUGUAAUGUCAUCUGUAGGGGGCGGUUGCUUUGGCUAAACAGGGUUCUUUGUGUCAAUGAUAACAACACAGUCUCUUCAAUAUGCAAUCUCUGCAUGUAAAUCAUCAAGUACUGAUAUAAGCCUGUGAUCCAAAGAGCACCUCACCACACAUUCUCCAUGAGUUCCAAGAGUAUGUGAAUCUGUUUUUACCACGUGUUCCCCUCUUACCCCUUCCUCCCCAGGCUAGCUCCACAAUGUGUGGUGAACCCUCACCGCUCGAUGCUGGGCACAGGGAACUAUGACGUCAACGUCAUCAUGGCUGCCCUACAGAGCAGAGGGUUGGCUGCAGUAUGGUGGGACAAACGCAGGUCAGACACUUCAAUACCUCAGCACCAGGGCCAGACAGAUUUGGUAGGAGAAUAAAUGAUUGGCAAUGAAAUACACCUGUAGAAUGAAUUCAAAUCAAACCAAGUACUGCUACAGGUCACGAAGAGCUACAGUUUUAUUGACCAAAGAAAAUAUACUGAUAAGGAAACUUCGCCACAGAUCUUGCCCUAGUUUUAUCACUGUUCCUGUGCCCCCCCUUCUCCACCACUGUGGCUCUGUUGAUUUUAAACCAAAAUCUCCUUCUCUUUUUCUAUUUCUCCCUUCCUCCCUCAGAUCAGUACAGAGUCUCUGUGUUGACAAGGUCCAGGGGUUCAUCCUGAACGUUCCGUCACGUGUCUCUCUCGGAAUUGUGUCCCUCCCCGUCAGGCGGCGGCACUGGCUUGCAGUGCGCCAGGUUAAUGGACACUACUACAACCUCGACUCCAAACUAAAGAGUCCUGUCUGCAUUGGGAACGAAGCAGAUCUCCGGUGAGGGAGGGAGGGAGGGGACUAUGCACAAAUGCAGACAUGUAUUGAAUAACUCCUAAUCAAAGACACAGUAUCUCCAACUUUACAGCCGAUAGUGAUAAAUGCAAAAAUAUGCAAAUGCUCAACUUGUCAUGCAUGUUGUUUACAAACAGAAAUGUCCCUCUGUAAAUUUUUUACAUAGAGUAAUCCUGUCAGGAACGCAGCCCACAGAAUUUGACUGUGGUAGACUACUAGUCUGUUAGAGCUCGGUCUCAUUGGAUCUCAUCCUGUUGGAUGAGUGGUCACAUGGGUCUUACCACAGUGUCUUUGUCACAGUUUGUACUUUGCACUCUUGUAAACCAGUCUCUCUCUCUCUCCCUCACCCCCCUCUCUCUCUCCCUCACCCCACUCUCUCUCUCCCUCACCCCACUGCUCUUCUCUCUCUCAGUACAUUUCUCAGUGAACAGCUGUCUCCGGACGUGGCAGAGAUGCUCCUGGUUGUGAGGAGGGAUGUGGAGGAGUACGGAACCUGGCUGAACUCUGAUGACCUCAGGAAGUGAUUCCUCUGGCCUGGGCAUUCAUUCAUUCAUUCAUUCAUUCAGCAUGGGACUCAAACUCCUGCUCUACUCUGGAAAAACAAAUAACAUUUAGGAAAACAAGAGACGCUUAACAAAAAGGACAUCUUUCAGGAAAUGCAUUACUGGUCGCUGAGGAGUGUGGACACACACACACACACACACACGAAGUUCCAAAGAGAAUUUAAGAUGACGAGGGAUUUCUGUCCCAAAUGGCUUGUUUGUAACAGUUUACUGGCCGUUGUUUGGAUUGCUACACUACAGCUGCAUCUAUAUCUUCUUUCCUUCUCUCUCUUCCUACUUACGCAUCUAUGCACUGCACUGUCGAGGUAGACCAGUUAGAACUGGUUUGUCUUUUAGUUAUUCUAUGCACCGAGGAGGUACUGGAUGUCGUGUUGACAACCGACUGUGUGUAAAUAAUACUUCUAUGUUCUUGUGUUCUGUCUGCGUCUCCAUCUAACUAUGCAUAUCCAAGUGAAUGGGAGCACUGUCUUUCUGUUACACGCGCUCAAACUAUAAACACACAGACUCUGAGGAUAUGAAAAAAAAAUUAAGAAAAUGUGUGUUAUUUAUAUAUAAGAAUGUGUUUCGUGUUGUCUUUCAGUGUGCAUACACAUUCUUUCAGAGGUUCAGCAGUACAGUUCAUUCACAGUUUAGUGAUUUACACAAGUAAGGCCAAAAUGUAUUCAUUGUU